AUGGACGACGUCGAGAAUGAAAAUGAGUUCAAUAGAAACAAGGGGCGAAGUCCCUCUCCAGGGGUAAAAUCCACAGCGGUAGUGAAGUACACAGCAUUCCAGACGCCUGCUAGUUAUGCCAGGUUACAAUGCAAUACUGACAUCAAUCUUCCACCCUCAAACUGGGGCGGUAUAGACACUUACGGUUUGAAGCAGAUACUCACAAGAGAUUCGGGACUUUCAAGCUUCAGAAUGGCCCAUAUGUUUCCCGAUUGUGUCGGAGAGGUGGAUGUUAUAUCAGAUGCGGAUUGUAUUAAGAACCUUCUCAAAUUACCUUACCAACCCAAUGGAACUGUUAGUAUGAUGGUGCAUAGAGUUGAAAAUACUUUGCUGUUGGAUGAUUUUGAUGUUUACGAAUACCUCAUGAAGUCCGAGUGGUCAUGGUUAAAGGAUUUCUUCUACGAAAAUGUAUUGAAGACUAUGUCAGAAAAGGAGCGCAUGUCUUUGACUUCAUCAUCCAGUACAAGCGCUCUCCAACUGACUCACAAGUUCCUGUCUCACAGCGUGGUGGCGCCACCUCUGCCGGCUAGCCAGCCUUGCCAACCUAUAUGUUUACCAGGACCAUUUCUCCCGGAACCGGAAACUCGUCCCGAAGAACCAGCUAAAGAACAGAGUUUCAAUAGAAAUGUGCUUUGGACGUUCGAAGACAUACAUAUGUUGAUAGGAAGUAACUUGCCUAUAUUUGGCGAUAAAGACAGACCUUGCGUUAGUUUACGUUUACGAGACGCGAGGGAACCAAUAAACGUACUAACAGGCAUUGAUUAUUGGCUCGAUAACCUUAUGUGCAACGUCCCAGAAGUCCUAAUGUGCUAUCAUUUAGACGGAAUCGUACAGAAAUACGAACCAAUGAAAACAGAAGAUCUACCGCACAUGGAAAACUCGAAAUUCUCACCGAAAGUUAUAAGAAAUGUGGCUCAAAAUAUACUAUCUUUCUUAAAAUCUAACGCAACUAAGGCGGGGCAUACAUACUGGUUGUUCAAAGGACCUCACGAUGAUGUGGUAAAAUUAUAUGACCUCACAAUGUUAUGUCCUGAUGAUAUGGAUAAUCCAUUCACUACUCCGGUAGCCAUGCUUUUAUAUCGAGUAGCAAGAAAUAUGAGGAUGAUGAAUAGAUCCAAACAUGUACGACAAUUAUUAGAACAUGUUAUUAAACUACUAGGACCGGAGAGAUAUCCUCAAAUAGUAGCGUCAUCACAUUAUAUGUUAGCUGAUUUGUAUGUACCGGCCACUACUAAUCCAGCGCAUCCAGAUUUUAAAGACGAGAGUUCGGAUUCUGAAGAAGAAACUGAGUUCGGUAACUACGCGGAGUGUCCCUCGGACGAUAGAGACAGACGGACGGGCGAAGAAGAUAUUGUACGAGAUGUUACUCAUGACGAUAAGUGUGAGGGAGAUGGAAAUAUAAACCGUAGUGAGUGCGAGCAGGACGGCGAUAGUUCUGGUGAACUCACGCUUCGAGUGAGGGGUCUGGCUUUAAGAGACAUCGGUGACAGACAGACACACGAUACUGCGAAGAAAACUAAAAGAUCUACAACAGGGCUGGGAAUCGAACCCGCUUCAAGAUGUGGACGAGCGUUGAAACACGCUCUCACUGGAUUGAAGGCGCUCCAUCAUUUGACUAUAGAUAAGUCUAUGGAAGAGGAAAGAGAACGUUUAAGACAGCAAAAGAUAAAUGAAGAACAACAUCCAAAAAUGGCGAAUCCUUAUGAACCUAUCAAAAUGGGUUAUAAAACGUCCAAAAUAAAAGAAAAAGAGCAUACAUCGAGAAGCAGACGACGAAGAACAAGGAAAACCUCAACAAAUUACAUAGAAACUAACACAAAUAUAGACAAAAACGCGAUAUUAGUAAGAAAAGACAAUACAAUAACAUUACAAGAACCGAACAGAAAUGACAAUUUCGCUUGGAAAUUACACUUGAAGACUCUAUUGUAUGAAAAGAUAUGUCUGGCUUACGCGACACUCGCAGAAUACAGCUAUUCACACGAGCAGUACGGAUUCUCGCUCAAAUAUAUAGAUUUAGCCAGUAAAUGCCAGAAAUUAUUGAGCAACAUGAUCAUUAAGAGUCGCGUGGUUGACGCUAGCUGUCUUAUAGGCAGGGUUGGUGAUAAUUACUUCCAACUAAGUAAACAUUGGGCCAGUUUAGAGCAAUAUAGGAAACAGUUUGAAAUGGACCACGAAAUAGACAGAGAUAUAAGAAAUGAGAUAGAAAAUGACAUGACUGAGGAAAUGGAAGGAGUGGGGGGAGAUGAGUUUGAAUUAGAUAUCACAUUGCCGUCUACAGAGCGCUCGUCUAUGUUAUCCGCGUGCGAGUACUACCGGCGGGCGGCGUUAGUAUCAGACCGACUCAAAACAGACGAACUACUCCGAAGACGUGCUUCAGUGUGUAACGAACUGGCUGUUAGAUGUAUGAGUGACGCGCAACAGAUAUAUAUGUCAUCAUUGGAUUCUUCUGACACAUUACCGGAUGAAUUUCAUCAGCUUUCCAAAAAAGCUGCGGGAUAUUUAGACGAAGCGACGGAAAUAUUUCAACAUGUUAACGACGUUCCCAACUUGGCCUUGUUAUACUGUAAUAAGGCUAGAUACAUGAGAUUCAAAGUGCACUGCGAUAAAGGAGUAUUUGAUGAUGAGAAACGGCGUACAUAUAACUCAGCGGAGGAGCUGUACAGCCAAGCUCUCAAGCUGGUUGGGAGUCGCGAGCAAGCUGUUAGGGAGCUUGUUAGCUGGGAGCUGUCUUGUCAUCUGUACACGCGAGCUGUGCUAUUACAAGAUCAUCCUGAGAUAUAUGCUAGUGAUGUAACGGAAGUGGCGGAAGCCUUCAAGAACGCGUUGAAGCACUGCCUACUGAGUCCGGGCCCGCGACAGUAUCUGUAUCAGUUUAGAGCGGCCAUGAUCUACCACCGGCUGGGAUCGCUCUACCACUCACAGUAUAGGAAAAGUCAAGACCCGUCUGUCCGUCGUCGUAUGUUAUCAGCUACGUGUUCUCACUAUGAAAAGGCGGCGCUUCAAUUCGCUUCGCUUGAAGACCCAGCAAUGUACCUGACAGCAAGACUUGAACAUGUAGCGGCAUUAGAGGCACAUGCUGCAGUGUCACCAAAUCUGAAGUUGAAGUCGCUUCAAAACGCGAUAGAUUUACUGCGUCAGUGUCAUUCAAUAAUGAAGCUCCUAAAAGAUAGAGAUCCGGACGAAAAGAUAGAAAAAGAUAAACCGGAUGGUGAUGAAAAAAGUCUGAAAAACGAGCAUAGCUUAUUAAGCUUAUAUGAAAAUAGACUACAUUAUAUACUAAAAAGUAUAAUUCAGUAUUGUAGGUCGAAAUCAAAUAAAGAUUACGAAAAGAUAACAGAUAUGUACAAGAAGUUAUACAGCGUAUCUUUAAAGAUAAAGAAAGAUGAUGAUAUUAGACUUUACGCGGCUAGUGUAUGUGAAGUACUCACUUCUAUGGAUAGUAUUAUAAGCCAGUUUCAAUAG